GUGUGUGUGUGUGUGUGAAAUCAUCAAAUAACUUACUUUUUCUUCUUCAACAGGCAAAUCAGCAGGAAGUAUUUCAACCCGAUGAGACAUGUCAUUGACUACAGGGACUUGGACGCGUUCAGAAGGGAUUGUAACAUCAAAUCUUUUACCAUGAAAAACUCCUCGGGGGAAAAUCGCAAAACCUGUGACGUAGUGCACACUCCCAUCAAACACUACCGGACAUGCGCAGUGGUGGGCAGCGGAGGGAUACUUCUCAACAGCAGCUGUGGUGCGGAAAUAGACGCGCACGACUUCGUCAUCCGGUCCAACUUGCCGCCAACAAUUCCAUUUCAGAAAGAUGUCGGAAGAAAGACAAACUUUACCGCAGUGAACCAUGCAAGACUACUGGCCGUCCGUAGAGCGCUGAAAGCCAGAAACCCGGCCAUACGGGCCGCCAUGUUGGCCCGGUUGAGCUCGUCCCCAGGAAUGGUGUUCGGUUACUCGUUGACCUUGGCAGACAAUAAGAGAAACAGAAGAUACCUACAGUCUGUGUACAUGAUAACAAAGGAAAAUAAAGUCCCUGUGAUUACUGCAUUCUCCCAUCAGUCCUACAUGUCGUCUAAAGGACUGUGGUCCAAAAUGGGAGGUAGAAGAUGGACGCUUCCGUCCACCGGUCUAAAUGUGUUCGGUCUCGCCUCGACGUUCUGUGACCGGAUCUCCAUGUACGGCUACUUCCCGUUCCCAGACGUUCAUGGGAGACCCAUCCCCUACCAUUACUUCGAUAGAGUAAGACCGCAUUCAGCGCACAAGAUGAAAGGGGAAUUUGACAUGUUUCAGAAGCUCCAUCGGCAGGGUGUACUCAGGCAUGUUGUGGACAAGUGUGAUCGUUCGUAAUGAGUCAAGUACUUAGAAGGCUGACAGAAGAAGGAACAGAAGUGUAGGGUGACAAGGUGCGCUUGUCUUGACUGAAAAAGUAAGCCGUAACGACGGCACAUUUCACUACCAUAUUGUCCUGGUUACUU